AUGCCCGCUACUCAUCAAGCCCCUCCCUGGGCAACAGAGAUCAAAGCACUUACCUUUGAUGUCUUUGGCACCUGCGUAGCCUGGCGGGAGAAGAUAGCCUCCGCCUUGGCUUCGGCUACCGAGUCCAAGCUGUCUUCCGCCUCCGCCUCCAACUCCACGUCAUCGGACACGCCACCAUCCGAACAAGUCCUCUCCCGCGCCCGCUCGCUCACCCAAGAGGACUGGGCCCGUUUCGCCCAGGAAUGGCGCAAGGCCUUAGGAGCCUCCACCCGCUCCUUCGUUCCCGACGAGACCCCCUGGAGGGAUAUCGACACCUUCCACCACGACAGCCUCGUCGAUCUCCUAGCCAAGUGGCAGCUGGACGGCCUCUUCACCCCUUCCGAGGUCGAGAAGCUCAGCCUUACGUGGCACGAUCUCCCACCCUGGCCAGAAACCAUCCGGGGUCUGCAACUGCUCGGCUCCCGGUACCACAUGGCCGCCUUGUCCAAUGGCAACCAGGCGAUCCUCAAAGAUCUGAACAGCCAGAAGGGCGUCGACGGCAGCUCCCCGCUGGGGUUCCAGCGCUUGCUCUCGUGCGAUAUGUACCAGGCGUACAAGCCGAACCCAAAGGUGUACCAGGGUGCGCUGCGGGACCUGGGUCUGCAGCCUGGAGAGGUGGCGAUGGUGGCGGCGCAUUUGGGAGAUUUGGAGGCUGCUAAGAAGGAGGGGUUGCGGGCCAUCUAUGUUGCGCGGCCCGGCGAACUGCUAUUUGACGCCCAUGAGGACAAGAUCAAGAAGGCCAGAGAGUGGGUGGAUCUCUGGGUUGAGGAAGGUGAAGGAGGCAUGGUGGAGGCGGCAAGAAGGUUGGGCAUCAACGUCGACGAUGUUAGCGAUGCGGCCGGAGUCCUAGGCUGA